GUUCCAGUAUAUAAGCGACGUUGCAUCUUCAAUUCUCUACAUUACACAGCUAUCCUCUAACCAACAAUGAAUAGUAUCAAAGCCGUGAUUACGUGUUGCCUCCUGGUGGCCGUCUCCGCCGGUGUAGACCGAAGAGGAGGACAAGGAUCCAACAGAUUCCUUCCUGGAGGCUUCGGAGGCGUCCAGGGAGGCGGUUUCUUCGGCGCUGGUAUUCAUGGUGACGGAAUCCAUGGUAGUGGAAUUCAUGGUGGUGGUAUCCAUGGAGGUGGCAUCCACGGUGGUAGUGCUAUUAUUGGCGGUGGAAUCUCUAAUGCCCCAAGCCAAUGCAGAUAUUGGUGCAAGACUCCGGAAGGCCAAGCCUACUGCUGCGAGACGGUGCAUGAACCAGAGACACCUGUUGGUACCAAGCCACUCAAUUGCCCACAAGUCCGUCCUACAUGCCCACGAUUCCAUGGACCCCCCACUACCUGUUCCAACGACUACAAGUGUGCUGGCCUCGAUAAGUGUUGCUUUGAUAGGUGUUUGGGAGAACACGUAUGCAAACCUCCCUCAUUUUUCAACAAUCACCUCCCCUUUUAAAUGUGGUUAUCGCUAGUAAGGAAUUAUUGGUUUUCCAGUUUAUAAUGGAAGAUAGGAAAUCUGUGAUGUGUAGAUAUUCAUUCUUUAAUAAUAAUUUUUUUAUAUAUAGA